GGACGUGCUCUCGCAAUCUAUGUAGAUUCAUGUAAUCUGUGAUUUUCUGCGGGCGGAGAGAUUCGUUUUGUUGAAAUAAUUAUAUUGUUAUUAAAGUUUUCUGGAAAUUGUUGAGUUAGAGUAAUAAAAAAAUUAUACAAAUAUGCCUACAUACGAAAUGCCAUUGUUGCUACGUAUCAUGAAAAAGCCGGAAUUGGUAGCAACUUUAAAGAGAACAGCCGAAACGAUAUUCAAUACCGGUGGUUUCAUCAGAAAAAUUGAAAAUUGUGGGGUCAAGACACUUCCAUGCAAAACGAGUAUACAUGGACGUGUUCAUCACGAAGCAAACCAUUUUUUCAUAUAUUUUGACGUACCGCCAAAAGUAAUUGAUAAAAUUACAGAUAUAUACCAUAGAGAUAUCGAUAUCGUUAGAUUAAAAAUAUUCAAACAAAGUGAACCAAUUAACAAGGGAUGUACGUUCCAUGAAGAGAUGUUACCACCACCGUACAGGCCUGGCGUCCAGAAACUGAUGGACAUGGCAAAGAAACAGCGUCAUAAUAAACACGAAUUCAAAUACAACACUGGAUUGGAUUAUUAUCCAUUCAAUAAAUAACUGAAUGUAUAGUUGUUGUAUUUCUUUUAUUGCAGUAGAUCACACAUUAUAUAGGACUUGAAAUAAAAUGUUUUAGAAAAGCCGAGCAUAUUAAAUAUUUCGAAAAGAAGAUUAGUCGAUCUGACUUACAGGGUAGAAGAAUAUUAAAAAUGUAACAUACAAUUGUACUUCAUCAUAAGUAAUAUUUAAUAUAAAAAUCACUUAUUGAUGUAUCGUUUAUUAACUCAUAUCUCAGCAUUUUAUGAAAAAUUAUUAUUUCUCUAACCAAUAUAUAUUCAAUAUAUAUUUGUACAAAAUACUUAAUAUAUAAUUAUAUAUAAUUAUCUCUCGUGCAACACAAAUUUGUAGAAUCAUUUGAUUGGAUCGUAACUUGAAAUGUUCAAUCGCAAUAGGCGCAGCUAGCCGGUAACUCCCUUCGUUGUAUACAAUAUACUUUGAAACAUUCAACAAU